CGAUCGAGGAAGUUGGACGUGACUGCCAGUGGCUUGUGUGGGUUUUCCCCUUGCGCCACCAUUCACAGGAACAUGCAGGCGUCUAAGAUCAUGGCCUGGGCCACCCUGGCCCUGCUGCUGGGCGUUGCCGCUGUGCACGCCGCCGAGUAUUCCUGCCCGGGCACCUGCCAGAGCAACCUGGGCUGCCACUGCGCCUCCACCACGCCACCCGGCGGCAUCGCCAAUGGCGACGUGCCCCAGUUCAUCGUGCUGACCAACGACGACGCCAUCACCGUCGUGUCGCAGCCCAUCAUCCUCAACAUCACCGAGCGCCACACCAACAAGAACGGCUGCAAGAUGCCGGCCACCUGGUUUGUCAGCAUCGACUACACCGACCCAAACCUGGUGAAGCAGGUCUUUGUGCGCGGCCACGAGAUUGCCACCCACACGGUGCACCACGUGGCCAACCCCAACGCCUCCGAGAUUGUGGGUGCGCGUGAGUGGCUCAACGAGACCGCCGGCAUCCCCAAGGAGAAGGUGGUGGGCUUCCGCGCACCCUACCUCAUCUUCAACCUCGAGCAGCGCGCGAUCCUGCAGAAGAACGGCUUCCAGUUUGACUCCUCCAUCAGCGAGCAGUUCCCCUCCGACACCUCCCCCUCUGCCUCCGAGCUGCUGUGGCCCUAUACCAUGGACUACGGCCUGCCCCAGGACUGCUCCAUCAGCACCGGCACCUGCGGCCUGACCGAGAGCCACCCCGGCCUGUGGGAGUUCCCCAUGUGGAACAUCCAGGACAAGACGGGUGUGACUGUGGCUUCCAUGGACCCCCUGGGCGACGCCUACGAGCUCUACAAGGAUGAGUUUGACAAGCGGUACAACGGCAACCGCGCGCCGCUGGGCAUCUACAUCCACGCCGCCUGGAUCAUCGCCGACCCUGCCCGCGCCGAAAUGGUCAACCAGUUCCUGGAGUAUGCCAUGACCCAGCCCAAUGUCUUCCUGGUCACCGCCUCCCAGGUUCUGGACUGGAUGAAGAACCCCGUGCCCGCCUCCCAGUACUCCCCCAAGUGCCCCAGCGAGAAGGAGCUGAUGGCGCUGCUGCCCCAGGGCACCGCCCUGUGCGUCAUGCCCAAUGAGGGCUGCGCCUACGGCACCUUUGACAGCUCCGUGUGCAAGUGCAAGUGCCAGAACGAGGAGAUCAACGCCGCAGGGUACUGCCGCGACCCCGCUACCGGCCGCUGCACGGUCCAGAAGGACUACGACUUCGACAUCAAGGACUACUUCUGCCCCGCCCCGCCUGCCGCCGCCCCCGCGGCCGCCCCCGCCACCGCCGCCGCCGGCAGCGCCGCGGGCACCGCCCCCGCUGCCACCGCCACCCAGGCGCUGAGCGUGGAGAUGGAUGUGAGCGGCACCAGCCCUGCGGACUUCCAGGCCACCAAGGCCACCAACUUCUGCGCCCAGCUGCUGCGCCUCACCGGCGACCCCGCCGCCACUUGCAACGUCGUGUCGGUGGCGUCGGUCACCGGCCGCCGCCUGCUCCAGGACAAGGUGCACGUCAUCGCCGGCAUGGAGACCAAGAACGCGGAUGCCACGGUGGCGGCCCUGCAGACCGACACAGUCUACACCCUGCUCAGCCCCGCAGGCAUCACCGUGGUGCCCGGCACCAUCAAGGCCGGGCUGGGCGCCCCCGCGGUGCCUGCCCCUGCCACCGACGCUGCCGCCACCACCGGCUCCGACACCACCACCACCGACGGCGAGGCCUCCACCACCGACUCCUCUACCUCCAGUGACGACGGCGGCUCCAACACGGGGGCCAUCAUGGGCGCCGUGUGCGGCGUGCUGGCCGGCGUGAUCAUCCUGGGCGGAGGCGCUUUCUGGUACAUCCGCCGCCGUCGGGCUGCCAAGGCCGAGGCCGACCUCACCGCCCGCACCAGCAGCUUCAACCCCGCUUUCCAGACCGCCGUGCACACCGGCGGCGUCACCGCCACCGUGCGCACCAGCCGCAGCCCCACCAAGAAGCAGCUCAUGGAGAACGCUGUCAGCGAGUCGCCCCUGCGGGACUCAAUGGUGCGCGCUCCCUCCCAGCCGCGGCAGCAGGAGUAGGCGCCCCACAGCUCCACCCCAGCAGUGUGCUUGAGCGGCCCACCCAUCAGGGCGGCUGCAGCAGCUGGAGCGCCCCGUCCGCUCUUCUUCUGUUCGUGGCGGCAGCGCUCGCUCGGCCAGCCACCAAGUCGGGCAUCGUCUGUUUUCUCUGCUAGUGCGCUGUCUUUUGGCUGUGCUCAAUGGCUGUGUUUGGUGGCCACUCGUGUCUGGCAGCUGAAACAGGCUGACCCUUACGCCCCUAGGCUGUUAGUAUGUACCAAGUCAAUCCCCUGGGGGACGCUCUGCCUUGCUUGCUUCAUCACGACGGUUGUAACCGGCUACAAU